AGGAAGAAUGGUGGGCUACUACAGCAUUCUUCUCUGUCCUCCAGAUAGGGGACUACAUCCCCCAUCAUUCCCAAACUUGCCUGAUCGAGGAGGAGGGGUGAGAGAUUAUUUCAAGCUCCUUGGGCUAUUUCUAAUAUGGCUUUCUGAAGGCAGAGCCCCUUUCAGUUCAUCUGUUAUUCUUACUUAUUCCAAAAUGAGGGAACUGGCUAACUCUGGGCACAGAUAUCUCUAAGGGGAAAAAACUAACCAGUUGCCAGUUUCCUCCCUUGAAACAGAGAAACCCAAUGCAGGAAGUCCUUGAGUUAUAACAGUUCGCUUACUGACUGCAGCAUCCCCAUGGUCACAUGAUCAGAAUUCAGGUGCUUCAUAUUUAUGACAGUUGCAGCCUCCCGGGGUCACGUGAUCCCCUUUUGCAACCUUCUGGCAAGCAAAGUCCAUGGAGAAGCCAGGUUCAUUUAACAACCGUGUGACUAACUUAACAGCUUCCGUGAUUCACUUAACAACUGGCAAGAAAGGUCAAAAUGGGGGAAAGGUCACUUAACAACUGUCUUGCUUAGUAACAGAAUUUUUAGGCUCAAUUGUAGGUUGAGCGUUACCUGUAUUUCUCUAUUUUUUAUUUUGAUGAAGUGAUAACAUUUGAAAAGCAGCAGAUGCUUUACUUCUGGAUGGGGGGUCUUAGCCCACCUCGGUUGCCCCUGCUAAGAAAAUCCAGAAAGGCCGGAGACUUCAGUGAAAUGCAAUGCAUGGAUCUGCUCUGGGACUUUCUAGCUGCUUAAAAUUAAAAUUUAAAAUUAAAAUUAAAAAAAGACCCCCGGAUGCCGAAAGGAGGGGCCCUGCAAUUUCAUUCCAGAGUUAAUUUACCAUUAGAUGAAACGGCACCCAGGUUACAGGACCCAUCAAGCGAGGAACAGGCCACGAGGAACCUCGGGGCUCUCGGCCACCUUGUCAAAGAUGGUUUUUAUCCUUUGGCUGAAAAGCAUCACUGAAACCUGCAGAGCUUUGGGGGUGGAUGGAGAGGGGAAAAUCGAUGAAAAGCACCGUCAAUAAAUGUGAAUCUUGAUCCAAUUUGUGAUUCAGCAGGGGCAGAUUCAAGCGAGGAAAAGGCACCCCAAGGCUUAUAACUCCGUGUAUGGUCCAGAAAGAAUGAAAUCCCUCCCCCCCACUUUCCAUAAUUCAGGAACGUGGCAAGGGAGUCAGCAGCGGGUUCAGGCAAACGGAGGGGAGCUGUUCUUUCCCAGUUUCUGGCCAGGCGGCUUUUGGGUGUGUGAAUUCGGGGAAGAAGACAAGGGGGGAAAUUAGACUCAGUUGCUGAAUUGGACCCAGGCGAGGAGCAGGACUCUCCAAACUUGGCCACUUUAAGAUGUGUGGACUUCAACUCCCAGAACUCCCCAGCCAGCUGUGCUGGAGAGGAAACAGCUGUGCUGGCUGAUGAAUUCUGAGAGCUGAAGUCAACAAGUCUUGAAGUGGGGAAUUCUGGGAGUUGAAGUCCAAAUCUUAAAGUGGCCAUGUUUGGAGACUCCUGAGCUGGAGGCUUCAUCAGUGGAGACCUGGACUUCAGCCGGCGGGGGUCUUCUGGAGGUGCCCAUGGACCAGGCCGUCUCCUAACCUCUGCCCAUCUUUGCCUUGCAGCCCCCUUCCUGACCAGCGCCAUGGAGGGCCUCCUGCUGUGUCUUCUGGUGGUCCUGGCCCACCUGGCCCGAGCUCAGGUGUGUCCCAAGCGCUGCAUGUGCCAGAACCUCUCUCCCUCGCUGGCCAUCCUGUGCACCAGGACCGGCCUCCUCUUCGUGCCCACCAUGAUCGACCGGCGCACGGUGGAGCUGCGCCUGACGGACAACUUCAUCACCGUCAUCCGCCGGAAGGACUUCUCCAACAUGACCAGCCUGGUGCACCUCACCCUCUCGCGCAACACCAUCAGCCAGAUCCUGCCCUACGCCCUCGCCGACCUGCGCAGCCUGCGGGCGCUGCACCUGGACAACAACCGGCUGCUCCUGAUCGGGGCCGAGCAGCUGAAGGGCCUGCCCAACCUGCGCCAUCUCAUCCUCAGCAACAACCAGCUGCAGGACAUCUCCCCCGUGGCCUUCGACGACUUUGCCAGCACCCUGGAGGAUUUGGACCUCUCCUACAACAACCUGGCGCGGGUCCCCUGGGACACCGUCCACCGCCUGCACAACGUCAACUCCCUCAGCCUGGACCACAACCUGAUCGACUUUGUGCCCGAGGGCGUCUUCACCAACCUGCUCAAGCUGGCCCGCCUGGACAUGACCUCCAACAAGCUAAAGAAGAUCCCGCCGGACCCGCUCUUCCUCCGCAUCCCGGUCUACGCCAAGUCCAAGGGCUCCCCUCCCUCCUCCCUGGUGCUCAGCCUGGGGGGGAACCCCCUGCACUGCAACUGCGAGCUUCUCUGGCUGCGCCGGCUGGCCAGGGAGGACGACCUGGAGACCUGCGCCUCGCCCCCCGACCUGCUGGGCAAGUACUUCUGGACCAUCCCCGAGGAGGAGUUCAUUUGCGAGCCGCCGGUCAUCACCCGGCACACGGGCCGCUUGGCGGUCAUGGAGGGCGAGGGGGCGGUCCUCCGCUGCCGCGGAGUGGGGGACCCAGAGCCCUCCAUCCACUGGGUCUCCCCCGAGGGCAAAGUAGUGGCCAACACUUCGCGGACCGUCUCCUACGACAACGGCACCCUGGAGAUCCUGAUCGCGGCUAUCCAGGACAGCGGGGUCUUCACCUGCAUUGCCUCCAAUGCCGCCGGAGAAGCCACCACCUCCGUGGAGCUGUUGGUCAACCUGCUGCCGCUGCUCUCCAACAGCACCACCCCCAAGGUGCCCGAGGCCGUGGGGCCUUCGGACAUCCUCACCUCAGCCAUGGCCACCCUGCCUUUGGGCACCAACGACACGGGCGCCUCUCAGGACAAGGGCGUGGUGGCCUCAGAAAUCUCCUCCUCCUCUGUCCUCAUCCGCUGGUACCCCCAGUGGCACAUCCCUGGCAUCCGCAUGUACCAGAUCCAGUACAACAGCUCCUCGGAUGACACCCUGGUGUACAGAAUGAUCCCUCCCACGAGCAAGGGCUUCUUGAUGAAGGACCUGGCCGCCGGGCGGGACUACCACCUCUGCGUCUUGGCCGUGUACAACGACGGGGUGACCUCGCUGACGGUCACCCAGAGCCUGGGCUGCCUGCAGUUCAGCACCCUGCGGGACGGCCUGCAGUGCCACUCGCUCCACACCCAGUUCCUGGGGGGCACCAUGAUCAUCAUCGUGGGGGGCAUCAUCGUGGCCUCGGUGCUGGUCUUCAUCAUCAUCCUCAUGAUCCGGUACAAGGUCUACAGCGGCCAAGAGGAGCCGAAGAAGACCAAAGUCAGCAACGUCUACUCCCAGACCAACGGCAGCCACCCGCCUCAGCCCCCCACCGGGCUGCCCUGCUCGGCCUCCAGACACGAGGGGUGGGAGGCAGACAGCGGCCGGACCAGGAGGGACCGUGGCCUGGUGGCGCUAAGCAAGGACUGUGAGAAAGGCGCACGGCCCCUUUCCUCCGAGAAAGGGCCAGAGGAGGAGGUCUCGUCCCCCCGGAGGAGGAGGAGGUGGUCCCGGAUGAGUCUCGACCGCCACCAUGGAUGCCCCGAGGCCUCCAGAGCAGAAGAGGAAGACCCCCCCUUAACGCUUCCAACCGAGGAGAGGAGGAACACCAAUGACUGGACCGGUGUCAAGAUCUGAGCCCUGGCAGUCGGCCGUUGAAGAACGAGCCACAACCCGACCUGAGCCCCCAGGCUGAAUCCGGAGUUGGCGCCAUUCCUCGACUGUCCCACCACAGGGUGCCACAGCCCCCGCAGGAGACCCGGGCGGCCCCCCCCAGCUCACUUGCCUCUUCUGGGGGGUGUGGAGAGGCUCUGGGGUCUCACCUCAGCCUUACGGGCAUCUUUCUACUGGACUCUCUUCAGGGCCCGUUUUCUACAAAGUCCUUUUGUUUUUCUAAGCCACAGCUGGAAUUUUCUAAUAAACGGAGGUGAAAACGGAGGACGGUUUCUUCCCAGAGAAGGAUGUGGGCGCCUGGUUUCUUUCGGCAGGUAUGGAGGGCGGGGGGCAGAAAAUGGAAAGAAAAUCUUCUUGGAAAAAUGGUGAAGCCCUGAUGGUCGUUUCCUUGCUCAGCUCAAGGGCUGUUGCCCCCAAAAUAAAAGCAAACCACGUA